AGGUGCUAGCUAGGGUGGCCAAUCCCGGGAUCGGCGGGAUCCCGGGAUUUGAGGCCAAAAAUGCUGGGAUUUGAAUCCCGGGAUUGGAGCCUCCAAUCCCAGGAUUCACGGGAUUAAACUGCGCAUGCGCAUUGUGUUUUUUUUGUCCGGGCAGCGCUGCUGAGCACUAGCGCUCGGCUCAGCCUCAGACGCUGCCCGGCAUUGGCUGUGCGUGGCGUGCGCAUCUCACACCUUACCUCCGGUGGCCCGCAGCAUCUACUCUUCAGCUGCCUUCCAGCCCACCUGAUCAAUGGAGGAGGCCAGCCCCGGCUGCCCGGCUGCGCGCGGCGUGAUGUCAACGAGGUCACGCUGCGCAUCCGCACACCUUCCCUCCGGCGGCCCGCCGCAUCUGGGCUGCAUCGUGGCUGCCAUCCAGCCCGCCUUCUAUGAUCUUAAAUGGAGGAGGACACUGCCAGACUGUGCUCAUGCCUGUAUGUUCCAAACCUGUUACUUGGUUACAGACAUUGCUACAGAGUCAGGCACAAGUAUAGUGCUAAGAAAGAGAUCUGUAUUCUGCAGCUACUUUACCUGGGGAAAGGAAGUGCGAGAACAAGGAAAAUGGCUAAAAAGAAAGGUGGCCCCAAGGGCAAGAAAAUAACCCUCAAAGUGGCAAAGAACUCCAUCAGGAUAACAUUAGAUGGCAAGCGGAGACUGGACCUCUCUAAGAUGGGCAUUGCAGUUAUACCCAAGUGCUUGUUAAAGCUAAGUGAUGUGGAGGAGUUAGACCUUAGCAGAAACUUGAUACACAAGGUACCUGAUUGGAUACACCGUUUUAAGAAUCUGCGCUGGCUUGACUUGCACAGCAAUCAAAUAGAUAAGGUUCCAGCAUCCAUAGGGCAGCUCCAAAGCCUCCUGUAUCUUAAUGUUAGCAACAACAAGUUAACAGCAAAUGGUGUCCCUAUGGAACUGAGUCAGUUGAAGAACCUCCGCCAGCUUAACCUAGGACUCAAUACCAUUGAUGCACUGCCUUCUACAAUAGGGGCACUGAAAGAGCUCACUGAGGUAGGUCUUUUUGACAAUCAUCUGACUGCAGUACCCCCUAGCAUACACAAACUGCCUAAACUGAAGAAGCUAAAUACAAAGAGAAACCCUAUUCCACCCCCAGAAGAUGAAAUGGAGGCAGAGCAACAGGAGAGUAUACAAAGAAUGAAAGACCUUUAUCUGGUGAAUGAGAAAGAUCUAUGCAAUCCCUGUGCGACUAAGUGCCAGAUGGACAGGAGCAAACUGAAAAAUUUUCUAGCUCUUUCAUUGAAACCUGCUUUCACAAUGAAGCCAAACUCCACAGCCAGAAAAAAUCCAGGCGAGUUGAGAUAAAUAUGGGAUGAAUAUCAAUAUGGUGCCUGAAGAGCAAAAAGAAGGAAUACUAAAAACCUGUAUGGAAACAGUAUAAAAAAAAAGCAAUCAUCGUGUUUACAACUGUGUCUUAUGUUUUGCUCUUAUGUAUGCCAUUGUUUUUUUUGCUUGAUUUAGGUUACUCGUUAUGCAGUAAAUAUAUUUCUACUUCUG